AUGAGUUUAAGUAUGUUAUCCGAUGCCUUGUACAACAGCGACGUUGAGCUGGUCAAGGAGCUUUUGAAGAACAAGAACUUGACGUUUGAUCCGUCCGUGUUUACAAUAGCUAUCACUCUGGGGAAUCUGGCCAUUGUGAAGCAGCAGCUGCAGGAUGGACGUGUGAACCCCACGGCCAUCCACUUUGACAUGGCCUGUAGCCAAGGGCGGCUGGGUAUGGUGCGACUCUUGCUGCAAGAUCCACGGAUCGAUUCAACGGCACUUGGCGGCUCAGCGUUCAUUUUUGCUGUGCGCAAGAGAAACAGAAACGUGGUUAGGGUGCUGCUUCAAGACGGCCGAAUUAAUCCGGGGGUAAACAUCGAUGCUGCCAUUGCUUAUGUGGUCAAACACAACUGCGUAAAAAUGGCCCAAGUUGCUGCUCCAGGAUCACCGCGUGGGCGUUAG